CCUCCCCCGGGCGCUCUGCUCCUCCGGGUUCCCAGACGGCCGCCUCGUCGUGCAGUGCCAGCGCGUCCGCGGACACCAUGGUGAAGGUCGGCGUGAACGGAUUUGGCCGCAUUGGCCGCCUGGUCACCAGGGCUGCUUUCACCUCUGGCAAAGUGGACAUUGUUGCCAUCAAUGACCCCUUCAUUGAUCUCAACUACAUGGUUUACAUGUUCCAGUAUGAUUCCACCCAUGGCAAGUUCAACGGCACUGUCAAGGCGGAGAACGGGAAGCUUGUCAUCAACGGGAAGUCCAUCUCCAUCUUCCAGGAGCGAGAUCCCGCCAACAUCAAGUGGGGUGAUGCUGGUGCCGAAUAUGUUGUGGAGUCCACUGGCGUCUUCACUACCAUGGAGAAGGCCGGGGCUCACCUGAAGGGUGGGGCCAAGAGGGUCAUCAUCUCCGCCCCUUCUGCCGAUGCCCCCAUGUUUGUGAUGGGCGUGAACCACGAAAAGUAUGACAACUCCCUCAAGAUUGUGAGCAACGCCUCCUGCACCACCAACUGCUUGGCCCCCCUGGCCAAGGUCAUCAACGACAACUUCGGCAUCGUGGAGGGGCUCAUGACCACGGUCCACGCCAUCACUGCCACCCAGAAGACCGUGGAUGGGCCCUCUGGGAAGCUGUGGCGUGAUGGCCGAGGGGCUGCCCAGAACAUCAUUCCCGCUUCUACCGGCGCCGCCAAGGCUGUGGGCAAGGUCAUCCCUGAGCUGAAUGGGAAGCUGACCGGCAUGGCCUUCCGCGUCCCCACCCCCAACGUGUCAGUCGUGGAUCUGACCUGCCGCCUGGAGAAAGCUGCCAAAUAUGACGACAUCAAGAAAGUGGUGAAGCAGGCCUCACAGGGCCCCCUCAAGGGCAUCCUGGGCUACACCGAGGACCAGGUCGUGUCCUGCGAUUUCAACAGUGACACCCAUUCCUCUACCUUCGAUGCUGGGGCUGGCAUCGCCCUCAAUGACCACUUUGUCAAGCUCAUUUCCUGGUAUGACAAUGAAUUUGGCUACAGCAACAGGGUGGUGGACCUCAUGGUCCACAUGGCCUCCAAGGAGUAAGAGCCCCCGGACCACCAGCCCCAGCGAGAGCACAGGAGGAAGAGCGGCGCCCUCAGCUGCUGGGGAGUCCUUCCCUCACUCAUCCACACCGAGAAUCUCCUGACCUGUCACAGUUCCAUCCCAGACCCCCUGGAGAAGGGGAGGGGCUUAGGGAGCCCUGCCUUGUGUCAUGUACCAUCAAUAAAGUACACUGUACCCAGCCAACUCUGUUUUCUUAUUCCAGG